AUGCACCAAACCAGAUAAAAGAGGUAAAUGAAUGUAAAAUAGCAAAUAGAGUACAUUAAGAUUGCAACAUCAUGUGCUAUUGGUUUUGCUGUAAUGGGAGCUGUGGGAUACUUUAUAAAGUUGGUUUUCAUUCCAAUAAAUAAUAUAAUAUUAAGUGCCAAUUGAUUUUGUUACAUUUACAUUUUAUGAUAAAUAUUAGUAUAUUAGUAAUGUAAUUAUUCAUUAAUCAAUUAAAAUAAGCUAAUAUUGAGUAAUUAGUUAGCAAACACACUUUAAAAGAUAUUCCAGUAUAAUUGAAAGCUAUUCGAUUAAGUUAUGAGAUUGAAAACAAAUCAAAUGCAUUAUUAGAGAUAUAUAAAUGUAGGAAUAGAAAUGAUGAUGUAAUAAGAUAGGCAAUUUAGAUAGUGAAUCAAAGUUAAUUUGAUAACGAGGAGAUUGUUAAAAAUAUAAGGAUAGAAUAAUUUUAGUAUAGAUAGAAACUGAAGUAGAUUUAAUAGAAGUAUUUUUUGAAGAUGGGAUUAUUGAUAUAUGGAUUAUUAUUUGGUUUACAUUUGGGUGUUUAAGGUUGGUAUUAUUUAGAAUACGAUUUGUGGUUAUCAAAUCCUGGAAUUUCAGAGUAUCAUACAAAUAGAUUUCGUUGA